CAAGUCUUUGUUGGUUUAUACGAAAUGUGUUUGCUGCUCGGUGCAACCGGUGUUGGAAAAACUCUUCUCAUGAAACGUUUACAGAAGCUCAUUGUGAGAGAUGGCACAACUGAUUUAGGGGAACCCCCUGUUACUCUACCUACGGUGGGCACCAACCUGACAGACCUGACUCUGAAGAGGAAGAGGGUGACUGUGAGAGAGCUGGGAGGCUGUAUGAGUCCUAUCUGGCCCAGUUACUAUACAGACUGCUCCUCUGUCAUCGGACCUCCCUUGUACCAUGAGUCUCGUAGAGAUGAUGUCACUGUUCAGGAUGGAUGACAUCAUCGCCUCUGCCACCCAGCCAAUCACGACCGUGGAACUGAGCGCUCGUUCCGGACAGGGACUCCAG